CAGCUUUCGAGUUGUUCUUGUCAUAGAAUAUGAGCCAAAACGAGGCACUUGACGAGGCACAUCAUGCCAACAGACACGUUGCUGAGUUUCUCGCCUUACCGAAAAGCGCGUUGUUGUUGUCACCGGCGUCCGAGACCAUCGUGCAGCUUGUAGAAGAUGGAUCCGCUUUGACUGCGGCAAACCUGCUGAACGAUCACUCUGUUCUUACGAUACAGCGCCCUAUCCUCGUGACUGACUCGCCCGAGUCAAUUGGAAUGAAACUACCAAGAACAAAGAAUGGAAGAGAUGUAACAAUUUCCGAUAUCGCCCGGUAUGUUGGCUCGAACAUGCCUGUUCGAGUAAUCGACGUAAAAUAUCAACAUGAGUUGGAAGGCUGGACCUUUGGGGAUCUCGUUGAUUAUUUUGAAGACGAGGACAGAACGAAAGGACUUCGAAAGAGCAAUGAUAUUGAGGAUGUAAUGAAGAAAAGAACAUCGCGACCUCGUCGUAGAGCGGCACAAAAGUGCAUUGAGAAGACCGGUCCUGGCGUGUUGAAUCAGAUUUCACUCGAGUUUAGCGACACACCCCUCGCCCACCAUGUGCGUUCUCCCAAGUUUUCCCGUGAAUUAGACUGGAUUGACAACGUUUGGCCCAAACGGCUCAAGAGUGAGAAUAUUUAUCCGAACGUCAAAUAUUACUGUUUGACGAGCGCAUCAGGUUCUUACACUGACUUUCAUAUCGACUUUGGGGGUACAUCGGUAUGGUAUCACGUGUUGUCUGGGAGGAAAGACUUUUGCCUUAUUGCACCGACUGAGGACAAUUUAAAAGUCUAUGAAGAAUGGCUUUGCAGCAAGAGUCAAACUGAAUUGUUUUUGCCAAAUCAAAUUCGAGAUAGUCGCAGCAUAUCGAGAAUCCAUUUGAACAAGGGCCAGACUCUUUUCAUUCCUUCCGGCUGGAUUCAUGCCGUAUAUACUCCAGAUGAUUCGCUUGUGUUCGGUGGAAACUUUAUUCAUGGCAUUGAUAUUGAUAUGCAACUGAAAGUAUACUCUAUUGAAAUUCGAACGAAGGUUCUUGAACAGUACCGUUUUCCGUAUUUUGUUCCUUUGUAUUUCUAUGCUGGUGGCUAUUAUCUCCGGAAAAGCCGAAUAGUAACCAUUGCAAGUCAAGAAUUGAAAGGAUUACCCGUGCUGGUGGAUGCGCUCGUAGGCUGGUGGAAUGUAUGGAAGAAUCAGGAUGUGGACGAUAGUGCGCUAACAGUGAGUACUGUCAAAGCCGCCAGAGAGUCAGCCUUGGCGAGCAAUUGCGAUUCGGUAGAGGAGCUUCUGUCAGAGUUGCACGCAGCCUUUGGUAGUCGAUUUAGUCAUAUUUCCAACGCCGAUGAGAAAGGCUCUAACAAUACCGCAUCCGUUCGCGACCGCCAACAAAAGCCGACUCUUCUUACAAUGCUUUCCGAAUUGAGAUCAAGUCUUCCUCCACUCUAGUAGAAGCGAUUCCAUUCGACGUGCCUGUUCAGAGGUCAACGACACGUGAGAGCAUUGACAAGUACGUUGACAGGAGUGAAGCAAUCAUGGACGACGAGUGGAAACCUGAUCUUAGUCGAUCGCCGAAACGUCUUGGGAAAGCGUUAUCGAACGGUCGCGUAGCGUCCGCGGCUUCAAAACCGAAAACAACAGCAAGGCAGCGACUUUUUAAGAAGACCAAGUGGUAGACAAGGCUGCUGCAUGUACAUAUGCACACUACUUUAGCGAAGAAUAAGUUACUGCUAA